GUUAAUAAAACUCUUCAGAAGUUGGAACUUGAUAUAGAGAAAAAUAGAUGUAUCUCAGACUGGAGAAAAGUCUUAGAUCUGAUUGCUCAAUUAAAUGACUCAGUGCCGCAGUCUCCCGGAACAGAAAACUUGGCGAACUUUCUAACAGCUGAAGCCAGGCUAGAACAAUAUCUUAAAGAAUAUCCACCAGUAGAAGGCAAUGUUGGAAGGGCAAAGACACAACUGUCAGAACCUAGGAAACUCCUAUUAGAUGUGCUUAAAGGACAGGCCAAACCAAACAUUUGGGUUGACUGCAACCUUCUGCUGGCAAAAGUAAGUUAUGCGAUGGGUCUGUAUGAAGAUGCACUGUCCUAUUAUGAGAAAAUUGGCUUAGAAGACCUAACUGUUGAAGUUCUUCACCAAAGAUUCCUGAAGCUUCUUGCAGAGGCAUAUGCAAUUAAAGCCUUCUCCCUAGAGAAAAUCCCCGUUAAAACGACGAGUAAGUACAAGCGGGUCGAGCGGGCACAUGGCAUAGCCGCCUGUCUGGAGAAGUGUGGUGAUCUGGCACUGCUGUAUGUACAAGACACGGAGAGGCUAUUUGGCUCCUCUGGCACGAUUAAUAGCAACCCUGCAGAAGCCAGCGACAACAUUGACGAGUUGUUGGGCAGUGCCAUCCAGAGGGCGCCGCUGUUUCACAUCAAACAUGGGGAGCUUUCGCGUGGUAUUGGCCAGUACAGAAGAAUUCUACGCUCGGUGGAGGCUAGAUCAACGCAGAAUUUACGCCAAGUUCUUGCAGUGCAACUUGCUGAGGUGCUAUUGAGAGGUGUAUCAGAAUGCAGCUACAAUGAAAUCAUGGAGGAGGUAACAUCUCACGAAAGGAGUAGGGGCCUAACUAUCACACAAAAGGAUGGCACUGAAGUGACCCUUAAACCACAGGAGUAUAAAGGGCAAGGAAUUUUCCAGCCAGACACAGGAGAAGAAGAAGCGUUGCUUUUGCUCCUGAUAGCUGAAGUGAUGGCUAACAGGGAAGCUGUACUCACCCGUGCGCCGGACUAUCAGAAGCAGCGGGUGCAGUCGCUGAAGAAUUGUCAGGUCAUCUACGACCUGCUGACUAUGAUUCUUGUCAGGCGUGCGCAGUACAGUAUGCUGUGUGAGACGUUUGAGCGAGCCAUGAAGUUCUCGUUUGAAGAUUUUCACAUUUGGUUUCAGUUCGCACUGGCUCUCAUUUGUUCAGGAAAGUACAAGAGGGCACUGCAUGUGUUGAAGGAAUGUAUGAACAUCAACCCUUCUGAACCAGUCAUACCUUUGCUUGCUGCAAAAAUUUGCCUUGAACAGUUAUAUAAGUUAGAUGAUGGAAUCCGCUUUGCGCACCAAGUGAUCAGCGUGGGAGAAAAUCACGAUCUGUGCUAUAAAGGCUAUCUUAUGCUAGGCAUCAGCUACAGUCUGAAAUCAGAUGAGGCACACAUACAAUCUGACCGACAGCAGUUCCAAAAGAAAGCACUAGAUUCGUUUUACAGAGCACAGGCACUAGAUCCAGACGACCCACUCUGUGAGUUCUAUAUUGCGCUUCAGCAUGCUAUAGCCCGGCAGGUGCCUCUAGCACUUGAACAUGUCAAGAAGGCUCUAGAUCUCUGUAGUGAACACAAACACUCGCUUCAACUUCUUGCCAUGCUGCUCUCUGCAAACAAACAAUACCGGAAGGCAUUGCAGAUCAUUGAGCUGGCCCUCAACAACUACCCAGAUGAUGUCAACCUACUGUUUGUAAAGGUGAGGCUACAGGAGCUAUGCCUCGGCACUGAUGAAGCCGUUCUCACCUGUAAACAGAUGCUGCAUAAGUGGAAGACAGAUUUCGAGGAGGAAAUGCUAAGUUGUUACUCCUAUGGGAGAGGUUUGAACAAACUGAGAGAUCGAACUACACAAGAUGUCAUUGAAACAGCCAGUUAUCCAAAGAGCCUGCUGAGGAGCAUAUAUGAUGUCAGGACUGUUCACUAUGGCCAAGAUGGUGAUGGAGAGUCAAUUGAAUUAUAUCUUUCUUCUGACCAACCAGUGGAGGCAGAGAGAUGUGUGCAAGAAGCCAGCAGUACCUUCCCCCUUUCACAUCUUGUUUUACACAUGAAGGGCAGGAUUUUUGAGCAUCGGCGAGAGUUUGAGGAGGCGAAGCAGCACUAUGAGCAUGCGAUCGCCAUUAACCCAUACUAUGUCAAGAGUUUGCAGCACCUGGGUCUCGUGCAUCACUACUUGGGUAACAACGAGAUGGCAGAGAAGAUUCUAAGGGACACUGUUAAAGCUGAUCCUACUUCUCAUGAAUCCUGGUACAACAUUGGCCGAGUUCUGAGAGCAAAGGGGGAAAAUCGUGCCGCCAGCCAGUGUUUAAUGACAGCUAUAGAUCUAGAAGCCACCAGUCCAGUUCUUUCAUUCGCCAGCAUUCCACGAGUUGUGCUCUGAUAUAGUAACACUGCCACGGCACCCACAUCCUUCAAAUAACACGGAAUAAUUACGUUUGUCACACUACCAGUGUAAGUAGUUAUUCUUCAUUUUGACAUUGGAAAGGAAGAUGUGGGCAGUGUUUUCUGGAAAGAACAUUGCCACUGAGAGAAGCUUAUGUUUACUAGUCUUACUAUGUAGUAUGCUCCCCCCCCCCAUCUUGGAUCAUACAGUAUUAUACAGUAUUCGUGUAUCGUGAAUUGUUCAUGCUAUUAUAACCAUCAUCAUUAUAAUAACUUUGUUAGUACGUUAUCAAUUAUUCCUUAGUGAUAACACGUGCUAUUACACUACGUUAUACAUAAACAUUUCCAUGUAUUUCUAGACAUUUCUGUUAGUCGCAAUACAAUGUAUUGUCAUUUUAAAAUUAGUUUACAUGCCGUUAAAGUUAACUGUAGCGCACGCAAAUUCAGGGUGUAAAGUUAUGAUAUGUAUAUAAUUGCUUUCGAUGUAAAUAUGCAUAUAGAAAAUUACCGCAUUUAGGCUCCGAUUGUUAAUUCUAAUUAAUUUUAUCACGUAUUAAAUGUUAUAUUUGUUGAAUGGCAUCUUUCAUAAAUGAGGCAAUAGAAAUUCACACUUUUGAACCCAGGCUACUGUCUUUGUAAAGUAGGCAGAAAUGCCAUAUCAAGACCUAAUCAAUACAAACUUCUAUGAGCGCCCGGGCCCAUAUUGCGGCAAGUGUGGAAUAUUAUUUUUCGCGCAACUACCGAUAUUAUUUCAUCCGUAAUAACGCAUUCUAGGGACAUUAAAUAUUGAAUAAAUUGUCUAAUAUUAAA